UGGCUGGUGCACAGCAGGAGUAGAGGAGAGAAGAGUAAAACUCAUCCACUGCUCCUCCUUCAGCAUGCUGAGAGCCACACAGCUCACAGCAGUGGAGUUUAGCACUCAGCUCAGUAACGGCAUGAACUGGGGAGACAGGGCUGCAACUUUGUCGCUGGAAUCGAUGGAUUUCUAAAAAAAAAAAUGGAUAGUCAAUUUUGAGUAUGGUUUCUCCGAGUGUUUAAGGGAAACAUGGGAAUACAAUUAAUAGGAUUAUUUUUUCUGCUCGUGUCUUGUGAACUUUGGACAGUUACCGCGUACAGGUUUGGGAAUAACAGCCGCUCUUAUUAUAAUAAUAAUAAUAAUAAUAAUAAUAAUAAUAAUAAUAAUAAUGCACUCAGGAGCAGCACAGAGAGCAGUACAGAGAGCGCACUGUCACUUCUGGCUUCCAGGAAAGUCUCUAAAGAAGUGGACAGUGAUCAUGUGCAAUGGGAAGCCGGUUUGGCAUUAAAUGUGUCCAGGACGUUUGGGGGAAAUGUUCCAGGUGUCAGCCCGGACAGAGACAGUGGAGCACCUGCACACACCGAGAAACCACCUGACACACUCGGUACACAUGCAGACACCAGCCUGUCCUGGAAACACUCACUGAACGGGAAGCACGUGAAACAUCCUGGUGUGUAUCAGCGACCCAGAAGAGCUCCGAGGACAAAUCAGAGUGAGUCAGGAUCACUGGCUGAGAAGUUGGAAAGUGUUCCUAAAGCGUCCGCUCAGCAGCAGCCCUCAGAGCUGCCGACUGUGUCCUCUUCCCAGAGCCCCGAGCUCACCUUCCCUGAGGAGGACUACGAGGACAGCACUCCGCUCGGCCCCAUCAACACCCGGCCCAGAGCUCCUGGGCUCCCAAACCCGUUCUAUCCAGUCACAGGGGAAUCAUACGCUGCCUAUGCCAUCAUAUCAGUGUCUGUAAUCAUGUUCACAGCGGGGAUAAUCGGCAAUAUCGCAAUCAUGUGCACCGUGUGUCAUAACUACUACAUGCGCAGCGUCUCCAACUCACUGCUCGCCAAUUUAGCCCUGUGGGAUUUCCUCAUCACCUUCUUCUGCUUACCGCUAGUCAUAUUCCACCAGCUCACCAAGGACUGGCUGCUCGGAGAGUUCUCCUGUAAAAUUAUACCAUACUUUGAGGUGGCUUCCUUGGGUAUAACUACUUUUACCCUUUGUGCUUUGUGUAUCGACCGUUUCCGAGCCGCAUCCAAUGUGCGGAUGUACUACGAGACGAUCGAGAACUGUGCCUCCACCACAGCUAAGCUGGCUGUGAUCUGGCUGGGUGCUCUUUUGCUGGCACUGCCUGAGCUGCUAAUCCACCAGCUGGUAACAGAGGAGAGAGAGGUGCCUGCUGAGGAGCUCCCUGAGGUGGCUAAUGAGAUGCUACCCAGCGAGCGCUGUAUAAUCCGCAUCUCCACAACACUCCCUGACUCCCUUUAUGUGCUGGGACUUACUUAUGACGGAGCCCGUCUUUGGUGGCACUUUGGCUGCUACUUCUGCCUGCCCACUGUUUUCACCAUCAUCAGCUCAGUGGUAACAGCACGGAAGAUGCGCCAGGCUGAGAGGACGAGUGUUCGAGGGCAGCGUGAGCAGAUCCACUUGGAGAGACGGAUGAACUGCACAGUCGUGGCUCUGGCUAUCCUGUAUGGGAUUUGUGUGAUCCCAGAGAACGUCUACAACGUUGUGUCGGCAUACAUGGCUGUAGGAAUGCCACGCCACACUCUGGACAUCCUACACAUGCUUAGUCAGAUGCUGCUGUUCUGCAAGUGUGCAGUGACACCUGUGCUGCUGCUAGUGCUUUGUCAGCCUUUCAGCAAAGCCUUUCUGCACUGCUGCUGUUGCUGCCUGGAGGAAUGCGGCCCACCCAAGUUCUCUAAUGGCACUAGUGACAACGACAACGAGAAUGAGGCCACUACUGAGCUGGAGCUCUCACCCUAUAGCACAGUGCACAGGGAGGCAACUAACUAUACAUCUGUGAGCACACACUGCUAGGAGACUUUAACAUGUGCACAUUCCAUAUCCCACCCAUGUGUACACUCUAUACCAUAUCAUACCCAAAAGAUACAACCAAUGCCAUGUUCUACACUCUCUAUCAUGUUAUACCACACUUUAUAAAGGGCUCAGACUUAUUGAACAGACCACUGUGAUAUGCCGUCAGACUUUGGGUUCUAACUCACCUGGCACAUUUUGGGAGAUACUUGGCAACAAAUAGACUACAUAAACCAAUUUACAGUAUUGUAGGGCAGAUUGUCUUAGAGUUGUAGCUGCUCGUUACUGUUUACAGAUGAAAACCAUGAGCAUUAACUGUAGUUUAAAUGGAGUUCAUAGGGAUUAUGAAUUAACUCACUUUAUUUUUGCACAGUUGUCUUAUACCUACAUGUUGAAAGUUUACAUGUUUAAUUUUUUUUUUUUUUUGCAAACACAAUGUAGUAUUUUUAAGUCUCAUGGAAAGUAAUGUUAAAAUAGCUGGUAAUAGUUAAUAUGUUGUUGGGUAAUGGUAAAUGAUGAUUCAUAUGAAUCAGUUAAAAGUUAAGCAUGGCUCCCUUGCUAUGUAAGCAGUAUGUUCACUCUGUAUUUAGUAGCAGGAAAAACUGCAUCACUUCAGCUGACACUGUAAAAUAAAGACUGCUAUUUUAGCUAAAAUAUUGUUUUAAUAAAAAAAAAAAAAAAAAAAAAAAAAAAAGGAGGUCAAAUGAAAAGAAGUGUGGUGACAGACUCAUAUUCACCUAACUGUGGCAAAUAUGAAGUUACAUCGAUCAUCUAUCAUGUGUUAAUUUUAUUUAUUUAGUUAGUUAGUUAGUUAGUUGUAACCCAUCCAAAGUUGUUUCCCAACACUGGAAGAUUCAGUCUUGGUAAAGGCGUUGGUCUUAUGCAUGACAUCAGUGCUAUACAGUAUGAGUGCACACAGAGGCUUUUGUCUUAAGCUGGUUGCCAGAGCAACAUUAGGCAUCCAUAAUGAAAAGGUCUGUUUACAUCAGUGGCAGCCAUGAAGAAAGAGCUUAGCUGUGAGAGGAAAGAUGUAGGAAGUGUGUUUUUGGUGAACUAGACAUUUGGAGCUGGGUAAUUACAGGCUGCACUGAAGAUGUCUUUUCUCCAGAGGAGUAAGAGAAGCUCUGCUGAGCUUACCAGGCACACACAAUUUUAUUUUUAAAGUGAAAACUCAAAGGAACUUCCAUUAAUGUUUUUCAUCUUAUUAUGGUUUUGUACCAUAAUGGAAAUGUUUGGUAUUGACAGAUGAGAGAUCUGUAUUUUUUGGCACCAUAAUCCUUUGAUAUGCAAAGUACAUUAUGAAGAGAUGUUGAGAUGUAUAUAUAAUAUAGCUGUGAGAGGAAAGAUAUAAAGGAUUCAGGUUGUUCUUAGACAAUUUGGCUAUUUUGACUCCAGCUAAUUUAUUAUUUAUUGGCAAAUAAGUAUAAAUAAGAAUAAGUAUCAUCUUGGCUGAAACCUACAACCUAUCCUGAUGAACACUUCCUCACCUAAAAUAAAUUGUAACUCAUAUGGACGAUUCAU